UCCGGGAGCGAGAAAAUGAAGCUCAAGAGCCUCCUGCUCCGUUAUUACCCGCCAGGAAUUAUGUUGGAAUAUGAGAAGAGUGGAGAACUGAAGACCAAAUCCAUCGAUUUGCUCGAUCUCCAUCCCAGUACCGAUGUCAAUGCCUUAGUAGAAGAGAUACAGAGAGCAGAACCUCUAAUCACAGCUUCACGGUCAGACCAAGUGAAGCUUUUAAUACGGAGGUUACAAGAAAAACUCGGACAGCACAGCAAUCACAAAUUCUCUCUUUUCAAGGUCCUCAGAGCACAUAUACUACCAUUGACUAAUGUAGCACUUAAUAAGUCGGGCUCUUGCUUUAUCACAGGCAGCUACGACCGGACCUGCAAAGUCUGGAACACUGCGUCCGGGGAGGAGCUUCUCACCCUGGACGGCCACAGGAACGUGGUUUACGCCAUAGCAUUCAACAAUCCUUACGGUGACAAAAUUGCCACUGGGUCCUUCGAUAAGACUUGUAAACUGUGGAACGCAGAAACGGGGGCGUGUUACCACACCUUCAGGGGCCACACAGCAGAGAUAGUGUGCCUGUCAUUCAAUCCUCAGAGCACGUUGGUGGCUACGGGAAGUAUGGAUACCACGUCCAAACUGUGGGACAUUCAGAAUGGAGAGGAAGUAUUCACUUUAACCGGACAUUCGGCUGAAAUCAUCUCCUUGUCCUUUAACACCUUGGGAGACAGAAUCAUCACGGGGUCUUUUGAUCACACAGCUGUGGUGUGGGACACCGAGACUGGAAGGAAGGUGUACACCGUCAUCGGGCACUGCGCGGAGAUCAGCACUGCCAUGUUCAACUGGGACUGCUCCAUGGUGUUGACUGGCUCCAUGGACAAGACCUGCAUGUUGUGGGACGCUACAAAUGGAAAAUGUAUAGCGACAUUCACAGGCCAUGAUGAUGAAAUACUAGACUGCUGUUUUGAUUAUACUGGAAAGCUUAUCGCAACUGCUUCAGCCGAUGGAACAGCGAGAGUUUUCAGUGCAGCCACCAGAAAAUGCAUUACUAAAUUGGAAGGUCAUGAAGGUGAGAUUUCAAAGAUUUCCUUCAACCCCCAAGGGAACCGUCUUCUCACGGGUAGCUCUGACAAAACGGCAAGAAUCUGGGAUGCCCAGACUGGCCAGUGCCUCCAGGCGCUGGAGGGGCACACUGAUGAGAUCUUCUCAUGCACUUUCAACUACAAAGGCAACAUAAUCAUCACAGGCAGCAAGGACAACACCUGUAGGAUAUGGCACUGA